AAGUGUGCUUGGCAGUGGCAAUUAUAAGACAUACAGGAACAGGUAGACCACAUUUUUAAAACCAUGAUGGGACAGAAACCAAGUCCUACAGGCACGUCAACAUGAUACUGACCUCUUGAUUUAGCAGACAUCGAACGAGUGUUGAAAGGGUUAAAAGUAAGCUGAGCAAACAAGAGCAAAACAAGCUGCUUUAUCAAUUUAUCAGUCUGAUGCUUGCCUACAGAUCAACCACUAGCUCUGCACACAUAUGCCUAAACUACUUCAGACUUCUCUGCGCUCCAGAAGCUUGCGUUCUGCAAGUGAACAGCGCAUUGUGGUGCCAUCCCAAAGAGGCACAAAAGCAUUUUCACUGAUUUUUCACUUCACUGUUCCCUGCUGGUGGAAUGACCCGCUGAAUGCAACCCGAGCAGGGGAGCCGGGGACACUACCGGUACCACUGGCAAAGCCACAAUGUCAAGCAGAGUGGUGUGGAUGAUAUGGUGCUUCUCUCCAAGAUCAAUGAGGACGCCAUUGUGGAAAACCUCAAGAAGAGAUACAUGGAUGACUUUAUUUUUACAUACAUUGGUCCUGUGCUGAUCUCAGUUAACCCUUUCAAACAAAUGCCCUACUUUGGGGAGAAAGAAAUAGAGAUGUACCAAGGCGCGGCUCAGUAUGAGAACCCUCCUCAUAUCUAUGCUCUAGCUGAUAACAUGUAUAGAAACAUGAUGAUCGAUCGUGAGAACCAGUGUGUCAUUAUCAGCGGUGAGAGCGGAGCAGGGAAGACAGUAGCAGCAAAAUACAUCAUGGGCUACAUCUCCAAAGUUUCAGGUGGAGGACCCAGAGUUCAGCAUGUCAAAGACAUCAUUCUGCAGUCCAACCCUCUUCUGGAGGCCUUCGGGAAUGCUAAGACAGUGAGGAACAACAACUCCAGUCGAUUUGGGAAAUACUUUGAGAUUCAGUUCAGUUCCGGCGGUGAGCCAGAUGGUGGGAAGAUCUCCAACUUCCUUUUGGAAAAAUCACGUGUGGUGAUGCGGAAUCCUGGAGAAAGGAGCUUCCACAUCUUCUAUCAGCUAAUAGAGGGAGCCAGUGGAGACCAGAAAAGUAGUCUGGGUAUCACCAACCUGGAUUAUUACACUUACCUCAACCAGUCAGGUUCCUACAAGGUUGACGAUAUUAACGACAAGCACGACUUCCAGGAAACCUUGCAUGCCAUGGACGUGAUUGGUAUCUCAGGGGUGGACCGCACUCUGGUGCUGCAGAUUGUGGCUGGAAUUCUUCACCUUGGGAACAUCAGCUUCAGGGAAGCAGGGAACUAUGCUGCUGUAGAAAAUAACGAGUUUUUAGCAUUUCCGGCCUUCCUGUUGGGCAUCGAUCAGCAUCGUCUUAAAGAAAAACUCACCAGCCGUAAGAUGGAUGGCAAAUGGGGUGGCAAGUCAGAGUCCAUAGACGUAACACUAAAUGUGGAACAGGCGUGUUUCACUCGUGACGCUCUCUCCAAAGCCCUGCACGCUCGUGUUUUUGACUACCUGGUGGAGUCAAUCAAUAAAGCCAUGGUUAAGGACCAUCAGGAGCUGAACAUUGGAGUAUUAGAUAUUUAUGGCUUUGAGAUUUUUCAGAAAAAUGGAUUUGAACAGUUCUGUAUCAACUUUGUGAAUGAAAAACUGCAGCAAAUUUUCAUUGAGCUGACUCUGAAAGCUGAGCAGGAGGAGUAUGUACAGGAAGGAAUCCGAUGGACUCCCAUAGAGUAUUUCAAUAAUAAGAUCGUCUGUGACCUCAUUGAGAGUAAAGUGAAUCCUCCAGGCAUCAUGAGUAUACUGGAUGAUGUGUGUGCUACUAUGCAUGCGAAGGUUGAGGGUGCAGAUCAAACGAUGCUGCAGAAGCUCCGAAUGCAGAUCAACAAUCACGAGCACUUUAACAGCUGGAACCAGGGCUUCAUCAUUCACCAUUAUGCUGGCAAGGUGUCUUAUGAUGCAGAGGGUUUCUGUGAGAGGAACAGGGACGUGCUGUUCACUGACCUGAUCGAGUUGAUGCAGAGCAGUGAAAUACCUUUCAUCCGUGCCCUGUUCUCAGAAAACCUCAAUGCUGAGAAAAAAGGCAGACCCACUACUGCAGGGAGUAAAAUCAAGAAACAAGCCAACGAUCUGGUGAGCACCCUGAUGAAGUGUACACCUCACUACAUCCGCUGUAUCAAACCCAAUGAGACCAAGAAGUCCAAAGACUGGGAGGAGAGCAGAGUGAAGCACCAGGUGGAGUAUCUGGGUCUGAAGGAGAAUAUAAGAGUAAGGCGUGCCGGCUAUGCCUACAGAAGAAUCUUCCGCAAGUUUUUGAACAGGUAUGCCAUUUUGACGAAGGAGUCAUGGCCGACGUGGCGCGGGGAUGAGAAGCAGGGUGUGCUGCAUCUCCUGCGCUCCGUAAACAUGGACCAAGACCAGUAUCAGCUCGGACAUACCAAAAUCUUCAUCAAAGCUCCUGAGUCGCUCUUCCUGCUGGAGGAGACAAGAGAUCGCAAAUUCGACGGUUAUGCCAGAACCAUUCAGACGGCCUGGAGGAAAUAUUGUGCACGCAAGAAAUAUGUUCAAAUGAGAGAGGAGGCCUCAGAUCUGCUGCUGAACAGGAAGGAGAGAAGAAGGCACAGCUUGAACAGGAACUUUGUGGGUGAUUAUAUAGGUAUGGACGACCGGCCCGAGCUCAGGCAGUUUGUGGGCAAAAGGGAGAAGAUCGAUUUUGCAGACAAAGUCAACAAAUUCGACAGGCGGUUUAAGAGCAUCAAGAGAGACCUGAUCCUCACCCCUAAAUCUGUCUACCUGAUUGGAAGAGAAAAGGUGAAGCAGGGGCCAGAGAAAGGGAUGGUGAAAGAGGUCCUGAAGCGCAAAAUUGAUGUAGAGAAGAUAAUGGCUGUUUCUCUAAGCACAAUGCAGGAUGACUUCAUGAUCCUGCACGAGGAAGAGUAUGACAGCCUGCUGGAGUGUGUAUUCAAGACGGAGUUCAUCAGUUUGCUGGCACGCCGAUACGAAGAGAGAACACAGAAAAAACUACCUCUCAAAUUUAGCACCACGCUGGAAAUGAAACUGAAGAAAGAAGGAUGGGGACCCUGGAAUGCCGGAGGGUCCAGGCAGGUGCAGUUCAUUCAAGGUCAAGGGGACGUAGCUGUGCUGCGACCCUCAAAUAAAAUGCUGCAGGUCAGCAUUGGACCGGGUUUGCCCAAAAACUCACGUCCUACUAAGCAGGGUGUCACUCAAAGCCAUCCCAACAUGUCCAGGACACACCACCACACCCCAACACGAGUCGCACCCGGGCCUCCAGCAGUUGCUCACCAGAACGGAGGGCUGAAGAAUGCAAAUCACGCAGCCAAUCAGAGAAACUCACAACAUCACAGCAAUCAGAGGCCGACAUCUGGAAACGCGGCCCAUCCUUUCUUGCCUACUAAUGUCAGUCAGCUCAAGGACAGAGGCAGCAGACAGGCACCCCAGCAAACCAACCUGGAUUUCCUCAAAGUACCAGACCAAGGGGCCGCAGGCAGAAAUCGACAACCAUCUGACAAUGGAGGAAUGGCCCACAGACAGUCUACAAACAGGCCCACUCCAGGAGGUGGCCGUCCCAAGCCAGCCCCCAAACCGAAGCCCCAGGUGCCUCAGUGUAAAGCGCUUUAUGCCUACGACGCCCAAGACACAGAUGAGCUAAGUUUCAAUGCAGAUGACCUUAUUGACAUCGUUAAGGAAGAUGCCUCUGGAUGGUGGACAGGGAGGCUGAGAGGUAAACAAGGCCUUUUCCCAAACAACUACGUGGCUAAGAUCUAACCUCUUCUGCCUUUAAAGAGGGGUGCAGACUUGUUAGACAAAGAAGGACAAGAAAGGAGAGAAAACUGAGAUAAUGAAGGAAGGAGCGAGGUGUGCCAUGGCUGUGGUUAAACUCCUCAAAAGCUCUGCAUUCUGGUGCCACGGACACUUGAGGCCAUGCAGGCAGACGCCGGUUAGACACAAAACUUUUCUCCAGGGCGCGGAAAUUCUGAACUGUCCCUGUGAGCACUGAUCAAACUAUUUAUUGUAUUUAUAUUAUAGCUUUCUACAGUUUAUUUCUGAUGUGGUUUGUUCAUCUGUCAUUGAUAUUUAAGGUGAUCUUAAUUCACUUGAAGAGAUGAAGUAGCCAUUUUAUGCGGGAACAGGCUUUUUUAUUUUGCUUUUGAAAUGGAUCAAUUUUAUAUGUAAAUUAAGGUGCUUGCCUUUCAUAGUCACCUGCUGUUCGUGAUUUUUAUUUUAUUUUUUCCAAUUUCUUGAAGUCAUGUCCAAAUCAAUGGUUUUAGUGGGGAAUUUUUGCUGCUAAGGACCGUUUUACAUGUUAUUGCCUUUCACCUUGUAAUUAACAGAAUCCCAAAUGUAUAAAGUGCACUACGGCUCUUGAAAACCAUGGUUUGUAUGCUUUUGAAGUUCAUAAUCUCAGAACAAUGCUGAAUGUAUCAUUGUGCAAAAAUGCAAACAGUUGGGUAAAACUGUCUAAAUUGAAACUACAGUGGUAUUUCCAUGCAUUAAAGACACGCAAUCGGCACAUUGUUACUGUAUAGUUACGAAAUAUUAUAUCAGUAUAACAAUACACAAAUGUACUGGUCAGCUCAUCCACACCAACAUUCACCAAGGUGAAGAAUCAGAGGCUGGAUCCAUGAACAUCUUCUUAAAAAGAAGGUUUCCAUAUUUUCUUAAGAAUAAAGUGACAGUUGGUGUCUGAUUGUAUACUAUUCUACUGAUGAGGUUGCCAUGUCUAAUACAACAAAUUCAAAACUUUAUGCUUUUAAUCAUACCCUCAUUUUAUUUUUCUUUGAUACAUUUAAAGUGAAUUAGACUAAUCAUUAGAAAUAUUACUUCCAUUUGGAACUUUAUUUGGAGGACAUCCAAUAAAUUUGGGGUACUUAAGAUAAGUUAGAGGUUAUCCUAAUUUUAAGAAGUUAUUUAUGGUGACUUUAAAAGAACAUUCCUUUCAAGAAUUUUAAUUGAGAAAAAUAUUUUGAAAAUACACAUUAGUAACUGAAAGUUAGAAAAUUGCAGUUAAAUGGUUUGUUCAACCAAAAAUGAAAAUUCUGUCAUUAAUUACUCACCCUCAUGUCGUUCCAAACCUGUAAGACCUUCGUUCAUCUUCAGAAUGCGAAUGAAGAUAUUUUUGAUGAAAUCCACAAGCUUUCUGACCCUGCGUACGGCAAUGCAACUGUAAUGUUCCCAGACCAAGAAAGAUAGUAAGGACAUUGUUAAAAUAGUCCAUGUGACAUCAGUGGUUCAACUGUAAUUUUAUGAAGCUACGAAAAUACAUUUUCUUCUCUUCCCAUGAUGCAUGUGUGUGCUGCUGAUGUAGAACACACAUUCACUAUGCCUUGUUUACAGAGGGAAGCAAAGAAUCGUUGAAUAAAUUAUUUUUGUUUUCUU